UCAGUUCUAUUUCAAUUCGGUCAAUCCAGGAAGGGUAGCCUAGUGGUUAGAGUGUUGGACUAGUAACUGAAAGGUGGCAAGUUCGAAUCCCCGAGCUGACAAGGUACAAAUCUGUCGUUCUGCCCCUGAACAGGCAGUUAACCCACUGUUCCUAGGCCGUCAUUGAAAAUAAGAAUUUGUUUUUAACUGACUUGCCUAGUAAAAUAAAGUGCGUAGAGCCUCGCCACCGUCGCAGUGUCACUCAGGAUGCACAGCUUUAUGGGAGGAGGCCUGUUCUGCGCCAUAGUGGGGAACAUCCUGCUGGUGGUCUCAACUGCGACAGACUACUGGAUGCAGUACCGCCUGUCGGGCAGCUUCGCCCACCAGGGCCUGUGGAGGUAUUGCAUGUCGGGCAAGUGCUACAUGCAGACAGACAGCAUCGCCUACUGGAAUGCCACCCGUGCCUUCAUGAUCCUGUCGGCCAUGUCGUGCUUCGCCGGCAUCAUCGCAGGCAUUCUCUCCUUCGCCCAUUUCUCCGCCUUCGAGAGGUUCAACCGCUCCUUCGCUGCAGGGAUCAUGUUCUUUGUCUCCACUCUAUUUGUUCUGCUUGCAAUGGCCAUCUACACUGGAGUGACGGUGAACUUCCUGGGGAAGCGAUUCGGUGACUGGCGCUUCUCUUGGUCCUACAUACUGGGCUGGGUGGCACUGCUCAUGACCUUCUUUGCAGGAAUAUUUUACAUGUGUGCCUACAGAAUGCAUGAAUGCAGGAGAGUGGUGGGCCCACGCUAAAAGAGAGAGGAAAGCCAGUGGAAAGAAAAUCGGGACAUUUUGGCACCGCAAUUCCAACACGAUGAAAGAAUCAAGCUUACACCAAUAGACAUAUCCCUGAAAUAUAGAAACUGUACUGGAAAAUUGAGAACCAAAGAUGAAUACAAAUGUUUGAUUCUGCCUGAGUAGUUUACGUGUCAUUUUAAUAAAGCUAUAACUCUCUUUAGCAGUAAAACAUUUAUACUCUUUGUUACAUUCAGCCUUGAAACUCUUGAAUACAGAAAGGUCUUUGCAACACAAAUGUGUUAGCUGAUUCAUGCCAAUACAAAUGGAGGUAGAAAAUAUUUAGCAUUAUGUGUCAAUUAAAAUGGGUAACACGGCACAUACUCUAACCAAACAAAUUCAUCAUUUUAAAGGGUAACAACCAAGCUUUCACAUAGUGUGCAAUUCAAAAGUGUAACAGAAGCUACUGUGAUGAAACAAAUGAAUCAUGUAUGAAGUGCUCACUUUAGUAAAUGGAAUGUAAACAUUUGAACAUUUAAAUAUGAAUGACUUUGGCAAGAAAGGUACAGUUCACAGAAAUGUGUAAAACACAAACUACAAAUUAUCUUGAAAUAUACCGCACAUAGCUAGGUCUCUCCACGAAUAGAGUGCCUUUUGUCAUUUCAAUGGAUUCACAUGCAUCUAUGCUUUAACUAAGCCAAGCCUUUUUUAAUUUGUACUUAUUUACACAUUCUAAUAGUAGUGUGUUUUCAUUAAAGUAAGGUAUUUGUUUCUCUCUGAAAAUCCCCA